AUGAGCGUCCAGGCUCCCUCAGGGUGGGCCCCCUCAGGGUGGGCUCCCUCAAGGUGGGCUCCCUCAGGGUGGGCCCCCUCAGUGUGGGCUCCCUCAGGGUGGGCUCCCUCAGGACAGAUCCCAGGCAGAUCCCAGGCUGAUCCCAGGCUGAUCCCAGGCUGGUUUCAGGACGGUCCCCGACCAGUCCCUGGCCGGUUCCAGGCCGGUCUCACGCAGAUCCCGUCCCCUGCCUCUGAUCUGAGAGUGCAAUCGCAAGGGAAGACCCAGGACACAGAGGGAGGAGACCAGGAGGAGACCCAGGACACAGAGGGAGGAGACCAGGAGGAGACCCAGGACACAGAGGGAGGAGACCAGGAGGAGACCCAGGACACAGAGGGAGGAGACCAGGAGGAGACCCAGGACACAGAGGGAGGAGACGCAGGACACAGAGGGAGGAGACCAGGAGGAGACCCAGGACACAGAGGGAGGAGACCAGGAGGAGAUGCAGGACCCGCUGGGGACUGCUGCCCCCGCGGCAGCACCGGAUAA